AUGUCUGAAAAACUACUAUCACCAUCACAACCGAUUAAUUUUAAUCGACAGUCAAGUGAUAAUGGAUUUGAGUUACCUUAUUCACCAUGUGAACCAGGCGUGUUUAAUUUUUACCGAAUUCAUCAAGGUCGAAAAAGAACCGUAUUUAAUGAUGAAUUAGAUGCUCCAACACUUUCCGCACUAACACCAAGUAUUGGUAAAAGUUCGUCAUCUACACCAUGGUCAUUCUUUGUUGAUUGUGUGCCAAACACCAACAAUAAUAAUGCACCAAAUACCAUGAAUAGUAUAUCGAAAAAUACAGAAAAUGUGAUAAAGAUAUCAACCACAACUUCAUCUUUAUCUACAUCAGCAUCGUCUGCAUCUCUCGUUUCAAAUUCAUCAAUAGAAAGCAAUACAUCAACAAGUUCAGUCACACCCAAAUCCAUACAUACCGCAUCAUCGUCAGGCACUCUUACAGAUCUUGUAAGAAAUGCAAUGCAUAAAGGUGCACUUUCUAUGAUAGUCGAUGAUCACACUAGACUACAUUCAAGUUGUUUAACACAAAAAGAAUUAAAUCAUUUGGUUCCUCAAUCCAUGUGA